AUGAAGUAUCCUGCAACUUGUGCUCCCCCCCAACAGAAACCCCCCCUCACUACCCCCCACGCGAUGCUGUCGUCCCUGAAGACCCUGCUGCUGCUCUCAGUCCUGUGCUCGCCCUCCUCCAACCUGUGCCUCCGUCUGGCCCGCGGCCGCUCCGACGUCCUGUGCGAGCGCCGGGCGCCCGGCGGGAUCUCCCCGGAGGACGCUUGGGGCUCCCUACCGCAGUCCCCCGCGGACUACCUCGCCGACUCCGCCGCGAGUCGGGAGAAAAGGACUUACGGCGCCGGGGCCAAGGCGCGCUUCCUGAAGAGCCGGGCCAAGCUCCGGGGCGGCGGGGCCGGCCAGGACGAGCGGCGGAGCGGGGUGACGCUGUCCCUGGAUGUGCCCACCAACAUCAUGAACGUCAUCUUCGAAAUGGUCAAAGCCCGCAAGCAGCGAGAGAAAGCGGCCGAGAACGCGCGUUUGCUCGCCCAGAUCGGCCGGAGGAAGUGACGCGGAGGGCGCGCUUUUUUUUUUUUUUUUGUCUCGUCUUUGAAAAGGAACUUUUAUGAGUUUUUCCAUCGUUUGCAGUGUGUUUCUGUCGGGGGGAGGGGGGUGGGGGGGUGACUUCCGGCCCGGCGCCUCAUUGAAGAGCCCGCGCACGGCGUACGCGUACCAAUCGGGACUUCAAAGUAAACCCGCCUUUCCGGACAUGGCCAAUUAUCUUUUAAAAUGACGUCAACGAAGCCGAUUUCCCCAGUUAUGCCCAAAUGCCUGUGAUUAUUUUUUUCCGAACUGCCACUUAAGAAUUGCUUGACGUGCAUCGUGUCUCUCACCCGUCAUCCUUUUCAGAGCGGCAAAAGUCCAAAGGCACGACGGCCUCGCUGUAAAUUGCAUGAGAAUGCGUGAAUGUACUCAUCAGAUGUUAUUUUUAUACGUGAAACGAAUAUUUUGCCCAAAUAAAGCACAUGCCACAAACUACUGCCUCUUCCUGCGCACUUUUUUUUUUUUUUUUUUUACGUCCAAUUUUGAACCGAAAAGUGGCCAGCUCAAGACAUGAUACAAUGCUGCCACCUUCUGGUACAUCAGCGCAACUACAAAUGUGCCUCUUGUUCAGGUGAACCUCACUAUCUGCUAUCCAAAUACAAAUCCAGGAGAAAGUACAAAAAUUGAAAGAGAAAGAUGGAAAAAAAAAUUGCACCAAUUAGAUAGGACUGAUAAAGAGCACAGAAACUCAUAUAAAAGAGGCAAGUGGUGUAGAAUUUUUGCCUCGGGUUCAGGGGGCCUCGGGUUCGAUCCUCACUUCUCUACAUGGAUGCAGAAAUGCAAACAUUGAAGGAGAGAAAAUGGAGGCUAAAGAGGGAAUUGAACCCAAGCCAAGCUAAACACAAGGCAAGUCUGUAGACCACUUGACUAUUUCCACCUUGGCUCGUUUGGAGGUUGGAUUCCGUAUUUUUUCCUUUGUGUAAAAAAAAAAAAAAUGGAACAAAAGUCCUCAAAACAACUGAAGAAAGCUGAAACCAUCGCCAAAAGAAUUUCAGGCUGGCUGCGACAUUAAACAUCAUCACAUUUUUAACUCACGUAACACGCCAGGAAAACAAAAGUGUCGCUGAUGGUGUAGUGGUACCCUUGCCUGACUUCAGUGCGGGCAGCGUGGGCUCGAUUCCCACUCAGUGAUGGUGUUGAAACUCACCCGGUGACUCGCUCCGAGUGCCAGCACUCUUGUG